GUCGGCGGCCGCAACGUACGGCGAGCGGGCGAUCGCGUUGGCGGAGAAGUUGCCGAGGGAUCAUGCGACUUUCCACUUUGCGGGAAAGCUGGUAAAGCAGCAGCCCGUCGUGAUCCAGGUCGAAAACAACAACUACAUUGCGAAGCAGCAGGUGACCCCGGGCGGGCAAGAUGACAAAGACAAUCGCCAUCGCAUCGAGGAUGAAAACAGGCGGCUGGACUGCUACGCGCGCCUACUGCGGGCUGAGAUCCAGAAACGGAUUUGUUCGGAACAGGAGAUCGAGAUUGAUCACCACACGAAAAACAACGUAGUUCCAGGUGGAGCGGGGCCAGACGACGCUCAGCUGCAACCGAAUAGUGUCAAAAUCGUCCUGGAACUACAACAUCUGUCAACUACUUCUGAAAAACUUUCCCCGCCGCGACCAACAACCACCGCAGCGGCCUACGCGUGUAACCCAGAGGUAUGAAUUGCAAAUAUCCCUGGAUGUCUGGAAAGAUCCAAACUUGUCAUGCUGUUUUUGGAUUCUAAAAAAAUUUGCAUUGCCUGACCAGCAAGAGGAGCCCGGAUUGUGCUACGCGGAGAUGGUAUUUUUCAUGCGGAAUAGGCAUCAGGCAGCCUUCCAAAAAUCUGUGAUGCUAAGUCAUGCACUACAGGCAUCAUGGGCCAUGCAAAAUAUGCAUGACGAACCUGGCAAUCUUCCAGACCCAGACACUUUUGCAAUGCAUAAGAGGCCUCCACGUACGACCUCCUCGACGAAAGCGCGGAGAUUACCAUUUCGCAAAACGGGGCGGAGCUCCGGAUCUCGGCCCGGUCUUGCCGCGGUGUGCUUUUUGGCGUCGGAAAAUUUCUCCGGGCGUGCGUAAUGGGCUACGAGCAGACCUACCAGGGAAAGACGGUCUUCGCGUAUUUCCAAGUUGUUCCGAAUAAACUUCAACUUCAAAACGACGAUAGACAAAAGACGGAGCAGCAGUCUUCUACUACAUCUACUUCCUCUACCCUUUUCCUCGCGCCCCCAAAGUUGAAAGUCCGACAGCACCAGAUCGCCUUAUGGGAUUCUCAAACGUUACACUCUCAACUGUUACAUGAGCAAUUUGUCAUGCAAAAUUGCCAUCAGUAUCUACAUGAUCAAGCUGCUGCGCAUGACAAGUUCCCGACGCCCUAGAUAGCAUUAGAAUCAGCGCCAAACCUGUAAUGCGAAAGGCGCCAUCUCUUCCCGUUUACUUUUGCCACUUUUGCAUUACAAAUCCAUGUAAGAGCGUCAACGUUUAGCAACUUCAUAUGCCUACCGCCCGAAGACGAACGCGUACGACGCGUUUUCGCCGGAGCAUAUGAACUGCAAAAGUAUCGCACUCGUACUAAUUGCAGAUAUGCAUGACAAAUCCAACUUUCUAUCUGAAAUAGCAUGACAAACUGCUUUUUUGUUCUUGGGAAAAUUUGUAAUGCAAUUCUUACUUCUAGAACUAGUACGACUACGAUACUGUUGCAGUGCAUAGAGCAGAUGCGGCAGCAGAUUCUCGACGUGGCGCUCUUUGGCUGCAACAGCAUCGAGGUGAUUCCCCCGGGGCUGGAUCAAAUGUAAAAAUGUCUGGGUCUGGAAGGAUGUAACUUGUCAUGCUAAAUCUGCAGCAUGCAAAAAUCUGUGUUGCAUGAUUACCAAAGGUCGUCCAGUUUUGCCCAAGUCGCGAGGGAGUUUCUCAUGCAGAAUAGGCAUGAGAGAGAUCGCGCAGAAUCUGUCAUGCUAGGCCCUGCAUAUUAUGUCGUCGCACUUCGUACGCGGAACUUCGUAUGCAAGUGGUCACAUGAUGACGCGUUUUUUGUUGGUCGUCGGCUGUACUCUUUUUUCGUUGACGCUAGCAAGAUGUAAGAACUCGCCCUCACGUCUGACUUGCAACAUUUUUUUAGUAUUUUUACUCGUCGAAUUUCGUAAAAUAAAACUUCGUAUGCAGCUGAUACAUGAUGAUACGUUUGCUGCCUUAUGCUGUGCUCCUUUUCUUUGGCGCUAGCAAGGCAAUAAGAUUUCAAUCUCAUGUCUGAUCGGUAAGAUGCUCUUCAUCUUUUAAGUAUUUUUAAGUGCGACAACAUGAUAUUUGUAAGCUUAUCGGCCGUCGUGCCACCGGGACGUCCUGCCCGUAGACCACCAAUGUCAUGCUAGGCCCUGCAUUCCAGGCCUCAUGGGUCAUGGAAAAGCUGCAUGACAAAUCGCGCAGUCUUCCAGACCCAGACAUUUUUACACUUGAUAGGCUGGACGACGCCGCGUAUUCGCCGCACUUCACCACCUCCU